AUGAGCUCCUCAUACACCAUCCCGCAGUCUACAUUACCGCACGCCCACCAGCACCAUGUCUACUCGCAUGGUCCCUCGCAGUCCCAGACGUCGGUCAACUCUUGGACGUCGUCCGUAUCGGGAUCCGGAUUCCAUUCCCACGGCACCGAUGACGAGGCGACCAUAGUCGACAGCAGCGCCAACGGUAACGGCCACAGCCACGGCCACAGUCACAGUCAAGGUCACGGUGCUCACGCCCACGGCCACAGCAAUCACGGCAGCGCCGGUAGCAUCGGUGCCGGCAAUGCCGCCCGCCCGACGCACUCGCGCCAUCAUUCCCACGCCCGAACGAGCUCGCAGACCUCCGUCGCCGGUGCCACCACCCUCUCCGCCCUGUCCAGUCGGAAACCCGCCCCCGAGGCUCUCGAUAUCGCCGGCGGAGCCGGCAGCGGCAGCGGCGGAUGGAUGAGGGAGACGACGCCUGGCGGGAGGAGCAUCGUGACGCCCAUCCGCGGUGGUUUCCCGCCGACGCCCAGCGCUCACCAUGACGGCCACGACCACGAUCACCAUGAUCACGACCACGGACACGGGCACGACCACGGACACGACCACGGGCACGACCACGAUAACCACAGCCACAGCCACGAUCACACCGAGACGAGAUCCCUCUUUACGAGGAUGCUCCUCCCCUACGCUGCCCGAGUGCCCAUUUUGCAUGCCAUCUUGGCCGAAAAGGAUUCGAGGCGAAUAUUUUACUUUAUGGGGCUUAACUUUGCCUUCAUGAUAGUCCAGGCAUUCUACGGCUACGUCACCGACUCUCUCGGUCUGCUCAGCGACAGCAUUCACAUGUUCUUCGAUUGCGUAGCCCUGCUGGUCGGAUUGUUGGCCGCCGUCAUGAGCAAGUGGCCGCCCAGCCAACGAUUCCCCUACGGCUUUGGCAAGGUCGAAACGCUCAGCGGGUUUGCCAAUGGCAUUCUCCUCAUUCUGCUUAGCUCGGAAAUCGCCUUUGAGGCCUUUGAGCGGCUGCGGGAGGGCACGCAGACGAAGCGGCUGAGCGAGCUGCUGGUCGUCAGCACGCUGGGUCUGCUCGUCAAUCUGGUGGGCAUGGCGUCGUUUGGCCACCACCACCACGGACACGGACACGGGCACGGGCACGGGCACGGGCACGGGCACGGGCACUCGCAUGGACACGACCAUGACCACGGGCAUCCGCACGAUGACGAUGACGGUCACAGCCACGGUCACGGCCACGGCCACGGCCACGGCCAUGACAACGAAAACAUGCACGGCAUCUACCUACACGUCAUGGCCGACACCCUCGGCAGCGUAUCGGUCAUCGUAUCGACGCUCCUGACGAGCGUGUGGGGGUGGGCAGGGUGGGACCCUCUGGCGUCGUGCCUGAUCGCGGUGCUGAUACUGCUGUCGUCGCUGCCGCUCGUGUCGUCGGCAGCGCAGAGGCUGCUCCUCAGCGUCCCCGAGAGCACGGAGUACAACCUGCGCAGCACGCUGGGCGGGAUCCUCCAGCAGCGCGGGGUGGUCAGCUACGCGGCGCCGAAGUUCUGGAUGGACGAUCGCACGGGCGGCGACGCGGGAGACAGGCUGGUGGGCGUGGUGCACGUCGUGGCGGCCAAGGUGGCCAGCCUGGAUGACGUGAGGGACCGCGUGGCCGCGUACCUGGCGCGCGAGGGCGUGGCGGCUGUGGUGCAGGUCGAGAGGGAGGGUGACGCCUCGUGCUGGUGUGUCUCUGGACGGGCGCCGGCCGUAAAGGCAUUCUGA